AUGGUGGCUGAAGCGGAUCCGCUGCUAGGAGAACAUGGCGGGGGAGUGAAAGGAGCAGCCAGCAGCGCCCGGUGUUGUUACCCGAGCGGGGCACGCCCCCUUCCGCCUCUGCGCCAAUCGCCGGGCGAGGAUGGCGUGAGCGGCACGCCUUUCCACCGGGCGCCGCCAAUCUCAGCGAAACGCCGGCCUCCCUGGCCCCGCCCCGGCCAAUCAGAAGCGACACAAACACUCGAGGCCACGCCCGCUUCCGCAGGUCGCCCAAUAGGGGCAGACACAAACAGCGGGCACGCCCCAGUCUCCGAGUCACGGGCCCGCAGUCAGAAGCGACGGGGCGGGGUGGGCGGGACUCCCUUGCGAGGGCCGCCGGCUAAUCGGGGCGCAGAAGCGGCCGUGUCCCCGCCCCCUGCGCGCCCAGCAGCCAAUCGAAAGGGACGUAAACAGGCGGCGGUGCGCCCCCUGCUGGGAGGCGGCGCGGCGGCCGGUACGCACGCCUCGCCCGCCAUGGAGGGACCGGCGCUGCGGCCCGCCGGGAUCCCGGCGGCGGCGGCGGCGGCGGAGGAGGGACUCGGCCGCGAGGCGGCGGGGCGGAGGCGGGACGAGCGGAGCCUGGAGGCGCUGAGCCUGGCUGGCGGCGGGGCGGCGGCGGCCGGGCGGCAGUUGCCGGAAGGACGGCGGGCGACGCUGGCGAGCGCCUUGGAGCUGGAGGGGACGGUGCUGCGUGAGGGGCGCCUCACCCAGUUCGUCGCCAACAACCUGGAGCGGCGGAUCCGGCUGAGCGGCGCCCCGCGGGGUGAGGCGGCGGCGGGGGGAGGCGGCGGCGGCGGCGGCGGCGGCGGCUCCUCCAUCCCCGCCAUCGACCCCGCGGCGCUGCAGGACGUGGUGGCCCUGGCCGGGCAGGUGGCGGCGCAGGUGGACGAGCUGCUGCGCAACGUGCACUGCGGGCUGCAGGCCCUGACGGCGCUCAGCGUCGGCUGCAUCCAGACCUACCGCGACGGGGUGGAGAGCCUGGGCGAGGCGGCCGACCUCAGCAUCCGCGCCAUGUACGCGCUGGUGGCGCGCUGCGAGGAGCUGGACCGCGCCAUGCAGCCCGUGCCCGCCUUGGCCAAGCGCAUCCGCGACAUGAAGGGCACGCUGGAGCGGCUGGAGGGGCUCUGCAAGUAACGCCGACCGGCCGAGGCCCCGCCGGGGCUGGAAGCCGGGGCCCCGCCGGCCCUCGGGCCGCUGCUCUCCCGGUGCGGUGGCCCCGCCAGCCGGGCCGACCACGGAGCCUCCGGCUCCCUGCCUGUGCGUCCUUCCCCGUCCCUCUCGGUGCCCCCCUCUACGCGACCCAGGGUGGCCGGUUCGCUGCUCUUAACCCGGAGCAAGAGAAAUUUUUGCAGCCGGUUAAGGAAAAGGUCCCGGUUGAAAUGGCGGGGAAAAUGGCAGGUGGUGCUUUUUAGCUUUAGCUCCAUUAAAGAAUUUGGAUUCCACAUGCCUUACGCUUUCUAUUUAUUGAGGGCUAGGAAAAACUAACCAAUCUCCAAAGCAAAUAUUCAUUUUAAUUUUGUUUUAACUAAAUUUGAAAUUGUCAUGAAUACUUGCUUGAUGCUUGCAGGCGUACAUGCUUACUUGUGGUUGACUUAGUGCCUGACUUCUGCUGUUACGGCAAAUAAACACACAGAACCCUGCUGUCUUACAGGACACAGUUGUAAGAGAAGUUAAGAGGAAAUUUAAUAUAUAUAGCAAAGACACUUGCUUUCUGAAAAGAAUAUCAAAUCCAUGGAAUAUAAUUGGGAUUCAGAUAAGAAAAAAAUAUAUAUGCAAAGUUCUAAAUAAAAGCUUUCAGAUAAAAUAUACUUUUCCUCUAUUAGUCUCUACAGUUUUCAUAGUGUAGAAGUUUAAAUGGCAGCACUGUGAAAUGAUCCUGCAGUUUUGUUGCUUUUUUGUUUUCAAUUGAGAAAAUAAUUAGAUAAGGAACAUGAAUAUGUGAUGACAUUACAUGGGUGUAUGACUGACAUGGGUACUUCGGGAGAAUUUAUUUGUGUAACAUGAAGCUUUUGAUAUGCAUCACUGUAUGCAAAAGUGAUUUUGCUGUAUCAGUAUUUCCUCUGAGGCCUGAGAGUAGCCAGAUUCUCUGCUCGCUAUGGCUCCUAUGCAACUAGCCUCUUAGAUGAUGCUCUUAGCAAUCUGUUUAGGUCACAAAUGCCCUUGUAACAAGAUUUCUGCAGAGAAAUGAUCACUGUGAUCUUACGUAUGUGUAAUGGUGCUUUUGCCGACCAGUGGCUCCUAAAAACCUUGGAGCAAAGGUAGCCAGAAAUACUACGCAAGUCCUGUAACUUUGGGUUAAAAAGAGCAGAUAGUGCAGCUGCUACCUCACCAUAAUCUAAUUAAAAACACUGAAUGAGGGGCAGAAGCUGUCUCAUACUGUGCUUCUGCGUGUAGAUAAUACUGAAUUGUAACAAAAUAAUUUGUUUUUAUGCCACCCUGGUUUGCAUAAUGCCAGUCUCUGGUCUAUUUUGGGCUUCUCAACAUGGCCCUGUCUUUCCCUCAGCACAGGGAUUUAUUUUACCUGUGGCCUUCCAGCCCAAGAAAUGGGGGAAGGCUGGAAGUGCACUGUGACAACGUUUUCGUGGUCACAGCUCUUGUGGUACUGUCUUCUGGGGAAUGGCUGGAGCUCCAAAAAGGGACCAGAGAGGCUAGUGGAGAGAAAAAGGAGAACUUAACUGCCCCUGCCCUUGGGCCUAGAAGACACUGAAGGUUUCUAACACCACGGCAACAGCUGUACUCAAUAGUUCUGGGAUGUUAUUCUUGGGAAAGUUUGAACUUGUCUAUCAUGGAGAUGCAGUAGUUUCACUGAGACUGUUUUGUAUGUGUCAAGAGUGAAAACCAAAGUUUGAUCUUGCUUAACUUGUGUGUACUGUUAAAAUGUACAGGAAAGACCUGCGAGCUUAUUUGUAUAGCCACUGUGUACAGCUAAUGCUUUACUCAUACAGGCUGAGGUGAAGCCUUUAAAGCAUAUGCGUUUCAGUACGCUAUUGGUUUUUGAUAGCAUUUCAUUUGCAGUCACCUACGUUCAAUGCUAAUUCCCUGCUAAAAUUGUCAAGUCUGUAGAAUAAAAUUAUUACUUUUAUGUUUUUAA